CAGCCCAGUCAGCGUGGAAGCUAAUGGAGACAUUGGCAGGAAAAUAGGCAAGAGGCAGAGAAAACAUGACAGAUCCCCAGAUAGUGGUUCCCAACCUUUCGUGUGCAUCAGAAUCACCCGGGGUGCCUGUUCAAAAUACCCAUUCCAGAACUCCAUCUCCAAAGAUUCUGAUCCACUUGGUCUAGGGUGGGGCCCAGGAAUCUGCAUUGUAACAGACAUUCUGGGUCAUUCUGAUGCUGACUGUCUGGAGCCCUCACAGAAAAAUACUUCCCCAGGUGUUAGACAUGGGUCCCUGCCACUUAGCACAGGGGGACAGGACCUCUCAAGCUUGCCACUCUCAUAGCCCGUGACUUCUUUCUGCCAGAUCCUACCACCAGGAGGAAUGCCAAGGCAGGACCCACAGCAAGAAACCGGUAUGCCAGCCAGUGGACCCUCAACAGACCCCACCCCACCAUUUCAGCACACACCCUCACCACAGACUGGAGGCUGCCGACGCCCAGGGCUGCAGGAUCAAUGGACAAGGAGAGUGACAGUUACAGUGUCAGCCCCUCACAAGACACAGAUCGAGCGCGAAGCAGCAUGGUCUCCACAGAAAGUGCCUCCUCCACUUAUGAAGAACUGGCCAGGGCCUACGAGCACGCCAAGAUGGAAGAGCAACUGAGGCACGCCAAGUUCACCAUCACAGAGUGCUUCAUAUCAGACACAUCAUCUGAACAGUUGACGGCAGGGACAAACGAGUACACGGACAGUCUGACCUCCAGCACCCCCUCAGAAUCGGGGAUCUGCAGGUUCACUGCAUCCCCCCCCAAACCUCAGGAUGGAGGUCGAGUGAUGAACAUGGCGGUUCCAAAGGCACAUCGGCCAGGUGACCUCAUACAUUUGCCUCCAUACCUUAGAAUGGACUUUUUGUUAAACCGAAGCGGUGCCAGCACCAGCAGGGACCUGAGUUUAGGGCAAGCGUGCUUGGAACCUCAGAAAAGUCGGACCCUGAAGCGACCCACGGUCCUUGAACCGAUCCCCAUGGAGGCGUCCUCCUCCACGUCCUCCACGAGAGAGGGACAGCAGUGGCAACAAGGGGCUGUGGCCACAUUACCUCAGCGAGAGGGAGCAGAGCUGGGACAGGCAGCUAAGAUGAGCAGCUCCCAAGAAUCCCUGCUUGACUCUCGGGGCCAUUUGAAAGGAAACAAUCCCUACGCAAAAUCCUACACCCUGGUAUAACAAAUAGCAUGACUGGACAGCAGUUGUAAAUACAAUUUAAAAAAUUCAAUCAAAGCUACCUUUUUUUUACGGAAUUCCAAUAUUUAUAAUUAAAGAAAAUUGCCAAAAUAUAUUAAAAAAAAAAGAGAAAAUACUGAAACCACAGACAGUGCAAAGACUCUCCUGCUUUUUUUCUGUCUGAGUGUGAGCUCCAUCUGCCUGGGCAUCUGAUUUUUUGGGAAAGAAGUCCAGUUUUAUGAUCUUCACAGGCUAUUGCAUUUUUACUGAUUUUCUACAAAGUGCAUGGGGGACUAAUUAAACCUUCUGACUGGAAGUUCUAUCACACAAGAUUUAAGAACGAAAACAGGAAAAAAAAUUUACCCUCUUUGUGAAUUUAAAAGGAACCUUGAUUUGGGGGCAGGGGGGGAGACUUCAGUCAUGUUUGCACACCUUUCUUUCCCAUUAGAAACUGGGUCCUCAAUUUGACCUCCUUCUGUUGUUAAUUAGGAUGAGUGCCGUCAGUGAAGGGGUUAGGGGGGAAUCAAUUUGAUUUUCUUUUUUUCUUUCUGUUUAUUUUUUAAUUUAAUGAGACACUCUUUGCAUUUUGUCUAAGCGAAAUAAAAAAGGAAAGGUUGUCUGCCUUUA